AAACAUCGAUGAAAACAUCGAUGCAUCGAUGUUUUUUGAAUUUUCCAAAACAUCGAUGUUUUUUUGACCAUCGAUGUUUUUGUGCUGUCACUAUCAAGAAAACAAGCAAAGAAGACGAAUAAAACAAUCGAUUAGUGGUGCAGGCGACGGCAGAAAGAUGGACAAAUUCCUGAUGCAAUCAACAAAGGAAAACUGUGACGCUCCUUCUCAUUAAUUAUUCCCAUGAAAUGCGAAAUGCAAAUGCAAAUUUCAAGUCUAAAGAACACUUUUAAAACACCGGAAGUGAUACUAGCUUUUGAUGCCAUAGAUGGACGUUUUACAGAGCGUUUUGCCCACUAUGAAACCCGCACCGUGCCACAGAUUGCCACUAUAAUUGACCUUAGGUUCAAGAAACUUGGUCUGCACCGGAAAACCCUGCACCAACAAAUCCGGCCGAAUCUUCUGCUUUUUUCCGAAACUUGCAACCGAAAUUGCAUCCCAAAACAGGUACAGCUCGUUCUGAAGCCAUUGUGAUGCUCAGGCAGCAUAUGGAAACUGCGAACGAACCUGAAGUCUGCGAGCCUUUGCAGUAUUGGAAUAAUUUAAAUAAAGAAGUUGCCAAUACUAUUUCAAGUGGAGUACAAAAAGAAUUUUAUAAUAUUAAUAAAAACGUUAGUAAUACCUAUUCGAGUGGAGUACAAAAAGAGAGGUUAAAGACGACACUCUGGUUUUGUAUGGUGAGCAUGAUGAUGAUGAUGUGAUGAUGACCACGAUGUGAAAAUUUUCGAUUAGGAUAAUCCAGAUAAGAUCACCUAGUGAGGACGAAACUAUUCUUGUUGAAGGUGGAAUAAAUAACUACGUACAAACUAUUCCUUUAAAUUUAGAUAAGGAUAACGAUGAAUACAUAAAAUCAAUUCCUUUAAGUAAUGACGAUGAUAAAAUCUAUAUAUUAGAGGGUGGUAUAAAUAGU